AACAUCUACACGCAAUUAUUUGCAGGUCAAGUAAUCUGACAAGUCUUAAACUUGCAAAGUGCUAUUUUAUAACUGAUUAUGGAUUUUCCCAAGCAGUUGUGAAGCUCCCAUUGCUUGAGGACCUCGAGGUCUCAUACUGCUCCUUGACAAAAGUGUCCAUGAAAGCUGUAGGCAAGCCAUGUCCAAAUCUGAAGACAUUGAAGUUAAAUAUCUUUGGUGACAUGUUUCCUGGAAACAAGAGUGACGAUGAGGCUCUAGCUAUCGCUGAAACAAUGCUUGGCCUUCGUCACCUCCAACUCUUUGGGAGCAAACUAUCAAACACCGGCUUAAAAGCAAUUCUGGACAACUGUCCUAAUCUGGAACACCUUGAUUUACGCCAAUGUUUCAAUGUUAACCUCUUUGGGGAUAUGAAGAAGCGGUGUUCCGAGAGGAUCAAAGUUGUGAGGCAUCCUAAUGCCUCAACUCAUGAUUAUCACUUUGAUGCAAAAUAUGGAUCCAGAUGAAUAUGACUAAUUUAAUUGGUAUGACAUUGAUAAUUAUGGCUACGACCCGUCUUGAUUAUCAAAAAUGUAAUAACCUUUUUCUGUGGUUUCAGUAUCUUUGUGACGUUGGUAAGAAUGUAUUUUUCUUUUGCAAAUCUUCUUUGUCUUUCUAUAAUAUCUAAACUCCAUUAAAGUUUCAAGGCUAUCUGAUCGGUUUAAUUACUUUUGAGUUAGAGUUUGUGAUUAUUCUGCAACAUCAAAGAAAGAAGACCUUGUAUUGAUUCUUCGGGGAUAAUCGGCCAAACAUUUUCUUCUAGCUUGUUAUGCUUGAAACAGACGCAAUAAAAAAAUGUUAAAAUCAGAACUAAGGUAUGUAAUAAAUCUGUUUUCUAACAUAACGCAAUCAUCAAUAUUUAUAUGAGAAACAUGAAUUGCCUUUUGUCUAAGUCCCUCAUGUUCUAACAUUCCUCAUUUCUUAUCUGAAGGAAUGUCAAGGCGAACACCAUUUAGCUCUGGUUUUGCAAUGACUUGGCAUCAGAGUCCUUAGAGCAUCUCCAAUGUAAAACUUCAUUUUUUCCUCCAAAAUGGAGUAAAAGUGCAAAUAAAGUAAAAUUGUUCCAACUCUACUUCAUUUCCCACUCCAUAAUGGAGUGAUGAACAAACAAAAAAUAGAUUACUCCAUUUAUGGAGUAAAUUUCAUUAUGGAGUGAGAUAUGAAGUUGGGUUGGAGCAUUCCUUAUUCCAUAUUCACUUUUACUCCAUUUUAAAGAAAAAAAUGGAGUGGGGAUGGAGAUGCCCUUACCUGUCACAUUUUUUUUCCAGGAACAUAUGAUGACGAUUAAGUAAAUAGAAGAAGGAUUUCUAGAUUUUCACCUUUAUUCUUAAACAUUAUAGAAAGCAUAAAGAUUACUCCAAAUGUUAGGUUUGCCAUAAAGAUAUGGUCAUUGGGUGAUAUAAUAAAAAAGGUAUAGAAAGUUGAAACGGAUUUACUCCCUUAUUGUUAAUGCCUUUACUCUCUUAUUUAAUUCACUUUGAUGCUAUUUGACCAAUAGAGAAAAUGGUCUCUUCCUCUUCUUAGCUACCCUAUUCCUUGGUACCGUAUGGUUGUUGAGUGAUGGUGAUAGUUACGAAAAAUUCUUGAAAGUUGAAACUAUUUUCACUCCCUUAUUUAUUGGACAUGAGAGACCAAUUCUAUCAUCAAAGAAAAUGGCCUCUUCCUCUCUGCCGUUGCCUUCUUCCUCGGAACGGUUAUCACUGAGUUUUCGUUCUCCGCCGUCUCCGUCUUUGACUCCAGAGAUGAAAGACGGAGAAUAUAGUAACUGGUCAGAGCUUCCGACUGAACUAACGUCAUCCAUCUUGCAAAGGCUCGGCCCGAUUGAGGUAUUGGAAAACGCUCAGAAAGUGUGUACGUCAUGGCGUCGCGUCUCUAAAGACCCUGCUAUGUGGCGGAAGAUUGUCAUGCAUAAGGUAGAAGGCUUGGGGUACAACCUCGACAUCAUGUGCCGUCACGCAGUGGAUCGUAGCCAGGGAGGCUUGGUUGAGAUUGAAAUUUGGGAUUUCGGCACUGAUUCUCUCAUCAACUACAUCGCUGAUAGUUCAAGUUGUCUGAGAAGCCUUAAGCUUGCUAAGAGCUUUCAAGUAACAGACGAUGGACUUACGGAAGCAGUUGUGAAGCUUCCAUACCUUGAAGAACUCGAGGUCUCAAACACCUCAAUAUUGUCAGCAAAGUCUCUGAAAGUUUUAGGCCAGUCUUGUCCUAAUCUAAAGACAUUUAAGCUAAACCAACGGGGAUUCUUACGUCCUCGGAUUCAGAGUGAUGAUGAUGCUCUUGCUAUCGCUGAAACAAUGCAUGGCCUUCGUCACCUACAGCUUUUCGGAAACAUAUUAUCAGACGUUGGUUUAAACGCCAUUCUUGAUAACUGUCCUAACCUGGAACAUCUUGAUUUACGUCAGUGUUUCAACGUUAACCUCCUUGGAGAUCUUGAGAAGCGGUGUGACGAGAGGAUCAAAGUUUUUAGACGACCUAAUGACUCGACUUAUGACUACCCAUAUGAUGCGACGGCUAUCGAUAUUUUUUCAGAUGAAGUUGUUUUUAGAAUCAUGCCAGAUGCUAAUUAUUACCCUGACUUGAUGGCUGGAAGUGACUAUUCUGACUACGACCCGACGGAUGAUUACGAUUUCUGACUAAUCUCUGAGUCUUUCUUUAUCCUUCUCAUGUGUCUUUUGCUUUUGCAAAAGCCUUUCCUAUUUUAUCUUAUAACACAAUUGCAUGUGAUUGUUUUUAAUCUACCUUUUGAGUAAAGUUAUGCAA